AUAAAAGGCUGCUGCGCGCAGCGGCGCAGGAGGGCGCGGUCGGUUUGUGGGGUUGUUUGGAUGAUGAGCAAGAUGGCGGAGGAUAGCAACAACAGCGUCUACCAGCUGGCUGCUGAAACGGCCAGCUUGGAAGAGCAGUUGCAAGGAUGGGGAGAAGUGAUUUUGAUGACUGAUAAAGUUCUUCGCUGGGAGAGAGCCUGGUUCCCUCUGGCGCUGAUGAGUGUUGUUUCCUUCUCUUUUCUGAUGAUCUACUACGUGGACCCGUCAGUUCUUUCAGGAGUCUCCUGUUUUGUUAUGUUUCUCUGUUUGGCUGAUUAUCUUGUUCCUGCUCUUGCACCUAGAAUCUUUGGCUCUAACAAGUGGACUACAGAACAGCAGCAAAGAUUUCAUGAAAUCUGCAGCAGUUUGGUGAAAUCUCGUCGCCGAAUUGUUGGCUGGUGGAAACGUCUCUUCACACUGAAGGAAGAGAAGCCUAAAAUGUACUUCAUGACCAUGCUUUUUUCUCUUGCUGUGGUUGCCUGGAUUGGACAGCAAGUUCACAAUCUCUUCCUGACCUAUCUUAUUGUAAGUUUCCUGUUGCUUUUUCCUGGACUGAACCAGCAUGGAAUCAUCACAAAGUAUGUUGGAAUGGCAAAAAGGGAGAUUAACAAACUUCUCAAGCACAAGGAAAAGAAAAAUGAAUGAAGACUUAACUGCUGUUCACUCUUGUGAAAGGUUUCCUGGGGAACAGUUUUGGGAGUUAAUGUAUAAUUUCAGUAAUAAUUGUAUUGCUCACUGGCUUCUGUUUUUUUUUUUACUGGCUCCCUGAUGAAGUGAAAAUGUCACUGUAGCAACUGCUGUGGGUUUGUGUCUCUUGCUGUUCUGGUGGGGUUCUGCAGCCUGUGGUUGAUCUUGUGUGAAAGAUCCUGUCUGUUGAUGUACAGAGCCUGUUCAGUGUCUUCACCAAACUAGGAAGCCCCGUGAAUAAACACCCCACUUGGCAAACAGCUGAAUUGUAAUGUGUGAUAGCAUUUCUGUAGCUGUCUUCAGUUCACUGAUCAUUAAUCUGUGGCUACAAGAACUAUGAAAGACUUAAAGUUCUGAAAGUUAACUUUUGUUGGGAGGUUAUGACUACUGAUCCUUGUGGAAGGGGGGACCAUUAGCUGAGAAAGGCUGAUAGCUGAGGGUGUGUACUCAAAAUUGGUGCAAGAAGGUGAUCCUAUUGUCUCACUGAACCUGCUUGCUUUUUUUUUGGCUGCAUAUACCGAAUGUGUUGAACAGGAGUCUGGAAUAUAGAAAUCUGUAAUUCAGUUGUUUAGCUGUAGUGUAAAUUUCAACCUGUUGCACUGAGACUGUAGGAAAAUGAGUUAAGGUGUGUGUUGCUUUAACAGCUGAUUGUUUGAAAACCUGCUGUUGUUAUGGAGCCAUGUAGCAUGUUUGGUUUUAUGAAUGUUGAUGUCUGUAAACAAAAUCAGUUGAAUAUGCUAGGGUUGUCUCUGUAAAUAAGCCUGUCUGAACCAUUUGUGCUUUUCUAUGACCUCUCUCUCCUUUUUUAAAAAACUGAACUUUUUUUCUUUAAACUGCUCCAACCCGUGUUAAUAUUUUAAAAGUUUACUGUUCUAAAAUGAACUCUUCUCAGUGUCCAUUGUAACUGUUCAAUAGGUAAAUACAGAUUAAAGAGAAACUUCUUUAA